ACCUUUUAAUUAGGCAUGUAUGGCCUAAGACCUGAGUACGAUCCUGGCUCUGAUUCUCAUAAUCUAAUUAUUGAAAGAUCAGAUUCGGGGAGCUUUGGGAAUUAUACUUGUCAAGCUUCUAACAGCGUUGGAACUAUUAGUUCCUUUAUCGAAGUUCAUGGCAGACCCUCAUCUCCACUCUUCAAAACCAGUAGUCCGGGGGGAGGGUCCCACAGUAGAAUACUAUCCUGGAUCACUGUCAGCUACUAUCCUCUCACAGAAUAUAGAAUACUUUAUAAACAGUUGAACAGAAGUGAAUGGAUUUCUGUCUCAGUACCUGGGAAUAUCAGGAUUAAACGUCAAACUCAGGGUGAAUACGAGGUUGACUGGAGUUUAAACAAUCUUAACGUAAACACUGAUUAUGAUUCAAUAAUUCAGGCCCGAAAUAUCCAUGGUUGGGGUAACCCCAGUAACAUAUUCACUUUUACUACAAACACAGGAGAAUGGACGGAAACUAGAACUUGGGAAACAUCUCUCUACUCUUCCUCAUCUUCCAUCCUGACAACCUAUCUUCCAUUCAUUCUUCUUCCAUGCAUUCUUUCAAAUCAUCAUCCAUUCAUUCUUCUUCCAUCCUUUCUUUUAAAUCAUCUUCCAUUGGACCUCCUUCCAUCCUUGCAAUGUAUCUUCAAUUAAGUCUUAUUUUAAAGGGACCAUUCACUUAUUUGGGUGUUUGAGGGCAAACUAAAUAGCCUAUUGGAGAUUUAUUGGUUAGUCUUACUUUUCAAAGACAACUGUGGCCUGAAAAAAACACGAAAAACGUAUAUUUCUUGCUUAUUCUAAAAUCAAAAGUUUUUAUACUUUAUUAUAUAAUGACUGACACAUGAUGUCAUUGAAAUAUGAUAAUUUUUGAUUUUAUUGGGCUGUUGUUACUGAAAAAAAAGCAUUUAAAUUGUGUCUGUCUAUGCAAAGGUAUCAUACCUUUCCCUGGAAUUUUAAACAAUAAAGUAAGAUUAAUACCAAUGAAAAGCUAAUAGGCUAAUUAGUUUACCAUGAAAUUACCCAAAUAAGUGAACGGUCCCUUUAACAGUGAAGAUUCAAACCUUCGGAAGUACAUUAUUUUUGCCUCUUUCUGAAGCGCAAUUAUAAAGCCAUGAAUCGCAUUUAAAAAUGUAUUAGAUGGCAGGGUAUAUCCCGAAAAAAAAACUUUAAAGACAUCCUUAAACUCUUUAAAUAUUA